AUGAGUCCCGGUUGGACUGACUAUAACCAGACCAUUCAGUACCAGACAUAUGAUGUCAAGACAUUACUUAAUAACGCACAAAAUGUACUGGAUGUCAAACUAGGCACAGGGUGGUUUAGUGCUUAUAUUGGUGCUUAUGGUGCAUAUAAUAACUACGGAUCCGAUCAAUACUUGUUACUUGAAUUACACAUAACCUAUGAAAAUAACAAAACUUUUAUUAUGAAGUCAGAUAAUACAUGGAAAGUGACUACCGGUGCUAUAAUGUACUCCGAUAUAAUUAUGGGAGAACUGUAUUAUCAAAACAGAGAAAUACAAAAUACCACUCAAUGGACAGCCGUUGUUACCAAACCUAUUGACAAGAAAGUGGAUCUCAUCGCAGACAGGGCUCAACCUAUUCGUGUGCUCCAAGAAAUGACCCCUAAAUCCAAGAGACAAAUAAGUCCCGGGGUUUGGAUCCUUGAUUUUGAACAGGAUAUGGUUGGAUGGGUUGGGAUCAAAGUCCCUAAGAAUCAGAAGUCAUUGAGAAUACAGUUAAGACACGCCGAAGCACUCAAUCCUAACGGAACUAUAUAUACACUGAACUACCGAACCGCCCGAUCCACCGAUACUUAUGUUAUUGAAGAUUCAGGCGUUUCAGGCCUUAUGCUUGAGCCCCACUUCACAUACCAUGGCUUUCGGUACAUAGAGGUGACCGGCUUUCCCGGUGAACCCCAGUUGACUGACUUUGUGGGUCGUGUCGCCCAUACGGACACUCCUAUCACAGGAAAGUUUGAGUCCGACAACAAACUACUGAACCGUUUGUGGCUAAAUGUGUUGUGGAGUCAAACGGGAAACAUAUGGUCCAUACCUCACGACUGUCCCCAAAGGGAUGAGCGUCUGGGCUGGACGGGUGACUCCGGGAUCUUCGUUCAAACGGCCAGUUAUAACGCCGAUGUUUCGGGUAUUUAUAGCAAAUGGCUCCGAGAUCUGAGGGAAGCCCGUCGUAAUAGCGGUCACUUUUCAAACGUGGCGCCCAGACUGGUGGCUACGGAUGACGGGGCGCCGGCAUGGGGUGAUGCGGGCAUUAUAGUGCCCUAUCAUAUAUGGCGUAUGUUUGGAGACAAACAGAUACUGGAAGUCAGUUACGAGUCAAUGAAGACAUGGAUUGGUGUCAUUCAGUCCACAAACCCGGACUCCUUGUGGACCAAAAGUGUUUUUGCCAACUUUGGCGACUGGCUUGAGAUCAACGCCCAGACACCCAAAGAUGUAUUUGAUACGUGCUAUUUUGGUUUCGACGCCCUACUUAUGACACAAAUAGCCGGUGCUCUCAACCGUACGGAUGACAUGAAAAUGUACACUGAAUUGCAUACAAAUAUCUCCAAUGCCUUCACAAAAGCAUUUGUCAACACAACUGACGGUAAAAUCAAAGGCGAUACUCAAGCCGUGUAUGUAUUGGCCCUCACUUUUGAAUUACUGCCACAAAAUCUGAGACCACUUGCGGUCAACCAAUUGGUCGACAAUAUUAAGGCCCACGACUACCACUACACCACUGGAUUCAUCAGUGUCAAUUUUGUGAAUGAGGUGCUCGUCAAAUAUGGGCACCGGGAUGUGGCGUAUAAAUGUCUACUCCAGGAGACAUUUCCCUCGUGGGGGUAUGAAAUAGCACAUAACGCCACCGGUAUGUGGGAGCACUGGGACACCUGGACUGAGGACAAGGGGUUUAUGGACCCCGGGAUGAACUCAUUCAAUCACUACAGUCUGGGAACUAUCGGCAGAUUUAUAUACCAAUACGUGGCCGGUAUUGACACCGACGACCAAAUGGUGGGC